AUGGAAUGUAUUGCCUCAUAUUGUUUGUUUGAGCAUUCUGAAUUGCUUAGGGAGGACCCCAGUGACCCAUGGCUUGCUCAAGUGGUGAGUCAAUCUACUGAUAUCCCUAUACCUGCGCUGCUUGCUUUUGGUUCGGUGCAAAUCACACACUUGGAAGCAAAAUUGCUUGGGAGGAUCGGUGGUCAGGACCCUACCCUUGAUGCUAUUGUGAGAUCAUUUUUUAGUCGCGAAAGGCUCCCUCUUGACCCUACAUGCUUGCAGUAUGUGGAGGUGCAAUCUAUUGGAAAGAGCUCUAGGUCAAAGGACGAGAUUCUAGAUGUAGGCUUUCUAUGGCUUGCUGAGGCCAUAAGGGAGAAGCUGCAUAGUCUUAUUCUGCUCGACAAAAUUGAAAGUGCCUAUCAAUCUAUUGUUGAUGCUCUUCUUCUAAAUAUCAUUAAUGGAAGAUUAAGCGAUAAAGAUGGUCAUCAUGUGAACCUUAGUCACUCAACCAUAAUCAUGACACCAAAUAUCGAUUCUGAGCAGCUUCAGUCUAAUGUUCCUCCAUCAUAUCCAAUUCACGACCAUACAUUAAAAGCAAGAGGUCGAGAGCAAGUUCUCUAG